AUGUCAAAAUCGGAUUCGCAAAAGGACCCCACACAACAACUUCUAGAGCUUUUAUCCAAUGAAGUUUAUAUCUUCCCCAAUGAUGAGAAUUCAAAUCGACAAUUUCAUGAUGAUAUUGACAAUGAAAACAUAGAAGUAAUCGGAAAGCAACUUAAACCUGGAGAUAGAAGGAUCGUUGCCAAAAGAGAUAUAUCCAACGGAGAUAAGCCAAUGGCAUUUGAAUAUAAAUCAGUCCUCUUUUUUAAUGAGUAUGAGGUCAAUGGCAAAAAUAUUGACUUUAGAGUUCCACAUAGUAUUAAAAAGUAUGAAUCGGUUCUAAAGCCCUUUAUUGACAAAUCAAUGGUAUCAUUACCAGAAGAAGACAAGCUAACAUUAAGAUUCUUAUUUCGCUUUUAUUUAUGUUAUUUAGAGGAUUCAAAAUUCAAGGAAAGGGUUAAUAACCUAUGUACCAUGCAAAGUCACCAACGUGCCAACGGAGAACACGCUCGGGAGCUAACAUCCAUGAAGAAUAUAAUGGUUAACAUUAUUAAGGAAUUUUAUGGUAGGAAUUAUAAUCAGUCCACUCAAAUCCCACUGAAUAAGCGACAAUGGAGAUUUAUAGAGAAUUUGAUAGCGAUUACUAUCAUAAAUUGCAAUAAAUUACACGACCAUACCAACAUGGAAAUUGGUCUUGGGUUAGAUCCAACCUUUUCGUUGAUUAAUCAUAGUUGCCUAUCUAAUUCAGUUUUGACUUAUAAGGAUUCGUCUACUUAUGAAUUGACUUGUACUUUGCCAAUUAGAAAGGGAGAAGAAAUUACUGUUAGCUACGUGGAGACAUGCCUACCUAGGGAACUUAGAAGAAGCCGAAUAUUCACAACCUAUUACUUUCAUUGCAAUUGCCGACUAUGCCAACUAGUAUAUGAUCCAUUCUUCUCUCAUUAUUGUCAGAAAUGUAGAUCAAGGCUUAAAUCAUCGUCAUUGAAAUCCGUUUUAUGGCUUUUUGAAUCACAAGAUGAGUUGAUGGAACCAAUCUGUCCUUGCUGUAAUGCCAAGCUUGAUUUGCAAGUAUACAAAAAGAACUUCAAUACUAGGCUCUUCUUUUUGGCAUUUAUUCUUCUAGGAAAGACGGAUCUCGCUCUUGAUAAUGAAACUUACAUGAAAUAUCUUCUGAACGAACUUCAUACUUUGGUCAAGAAGAAACCUUGGAAUUAUAUCAUUAAAUUGCUUGACGACCUGUAUACUGAAGUAUUAGUUCCUCAAAGUCGCUUGCCUUUUUUUAGUUCCCUCUUAGAGGACGUUAUCCUAGAACAAGUAUUUCCAUUAUUCACUUUCCCGUUUAACAUUGUCUACUGUGUAUUGGAAAAUUCUGCAUCUGUUGAUAUUGGUGAAGAAGGCGACUUCCAGAAAGCAGUUGAACAUUUACGUAUAGAAGCAAGGAAGCUUUUCUUGAUAAAUAUUCCUUCAGACUUAUGCCUGCAGUUAAGAAUCACAGGAUCUGUCUAUCAAGACCUUGUCAAACAGAUUGCCGAGGUUGUUAAAAUGUAUAAUGAGUUGACAAUGGUAUCCAGUACGUCGUUGCACCAAACUGUUGAAUUUAUACAUGUUUUAUGCAGCUGUGGGUUUUUCUUUGGCAAACAACUCAGCAUCCCACAAGAAAGGGAAUGCCUAGAAGACAUGAUGAUACUUUUCCAAUCGACCGCUAGCCGGUGUGAAUCUAAUGAUGCUAAAGGGAAACGGAAUGAAUACUGUUUGAAUACAUUCUUCAAAUUUGCCAACAUUAGGGUUGAAUGGAUGCCCAAUGGCAUCGGAAUUUACAAUGCGAUUGGUGAACUAGUCACAUUAUUCUAUACAUUUGAUUUAGAUGAUAUCCUAUAG